CCCAGCCCAGCCCAGCAGCGGAGCCCGGCCUGGGAGGGCAUCCCGGCCUGGGAGGGCAUCAGACUCACCGCUCAGCCGUACUGCAGACCCCUGCCCACCCCCGGGACCCUCUCCCCACGGUGCCUGCCUCUGCCCGGGCGCCGACUGUCUGUCUGCCCGCCUCUCCGCGCUGUUCUGUGCCUCUGCUGCUCUUUUUCCUUACCGUCAGUACUUGAUCGGAGGGAAAGGAAAGUUGUAAGAAAUGCCGAUCGCACAGUUGCUGGAGCUAUGGAAGAAGAUCGAGGUGGAGCCCAUGGAAAUCGAGACCCCCGAGGAGGAUCUUAACCUGGACUCGGAGCCCAUCGUACAAGAUACCGUGGAAGAAGGCAAAUGUGACUCCGCCUUGCCUGGGACCAAGUCGGCCGCGUCACUAGAGGAGGAAGGCACCGUGAAGGAGAUCGACAUCAGCCACCAUGUGAAGGAAGGGUUUGAAAAGGCUGACCCUUCCCAGUUUGAACUGCUGAAAGUCUUAGGACAAGGAUCCUACGGAAAGGUGUUCCUGGUGAGGAAGACCAAGGGGUCUGACACGGGGCAGCUGUACGCGAUGAAAGUCCUCAAGAAAGCUACUUUGAAAGUUCGGGACCGAGUCCGAUCGAAGAUGGAAAGAGACAUUUUGGCAGAAGUGAAUCACCCUUUCAUUGUAAAGCUUCACUAUGCCUUUCAGACGGAGGGGAAGCUCUACCUGAUACUGGACUUCCUGCGAGGAGGGGACCUCUUCAGCCGGCUCUCCAAAGAGGUGAUGUUCACUGAGGAGGAUGUCAAGUUCUACCUGGCUGAGCUGGCCUUGGCGUUAGACCACCUGCACGGUCUGGGGAUCAUCUACAGGGACCUGAAGCCCGAGAACAUCCUGCUGGACGAAGAGGGACACAUCAAGAUCACAGAUUUCGGGCUGAGUAAGGAGGCCAUCGACCACGAUAAGAGAGCUUACUCCUUCUGCGGGACCAUAGAGUACAUGGCACCCGAGGUGGUGAACCGGCGGGGACACACGCAGAGCGCCGACUGGUGGUCCUUCGGUGUGCUCAUGUUCGAGAUGCUCACGGGAUCGCUGCCGUUCCAGGGGAAGGACAGGAAGGAGACCAUGGCCCUCAUCCUCAAAGCCAAGCUGGGCAUGCCACAGUUCCUCAGCACCGAAGCGCAGAGCCUGCUGAGAGCCCUCUUCAAACGGAACCCGUGCAACCGUCUGGGUGCUGGCCUCGACGGGGUAGAGGAGAUCAAGCGGAACCCCUUCUUCAUGACCGUAGACUGGAAUAAGCUGUACCGGAAGGAGACCAAGCCGCCGUUCAAGCCAGCGGUGGGCAGGCCCGAGGACACCUUCCACUUCGACCCCGAGUUCACAGCACGGACGCCCACAGACUCACCUGGCGUCCCCCCCAGCGCCAACGCUCAUCAUCUGUUCAGAGGAUUCAGUUUCGUGGCCUCCAGUCUGGUCCAGGAGCCCUCGCCGCAAGAUCUGCACAAAGCCACGGUCCACCCCAUCGUGCAGCAGUUACACGGGAACAACGUACACUUCACCGACGGCUACGAGAUCAAGGAGGACAUCGGGGUGGGCUCCUACUCCGUGUGCAAGCGAUGUGUGCAUAAAGCGACGGAGGCAGAGUACGCCGUGAAGAUCAUCGAUAAGAGUAAAAGAGACCCCUCGGAGGAGAUCGAGAUUCUCCUGAGAUACGGACAGCAUCCGAACAUCAUCACGCUCAAAGACGUCUACGACGACGGCAAGUUCGUGUACCUGGUGACGGAGCUGAUGCGUGGCGGGGAGCUCCUGGACCGCAUCCUGCGACAGCGACACUUCUCGGAGCGGGAGGCCAGCGACGUGCUGUGCAUCAUCACCAGGACCAUGGAUUACCUCCACUCGCAGGGGGUUGUUCAUCGAGACCUGAAGCCGAGUAACAUCCUGUACAUGGACGAGUCUGGAAACCCUGAGUCCAUCCGCAUCUGCGACUUCGGGUUCGCCAAGCAGCUUCGAGCUGAGAACGGGCUGUUGAUGACACCCUGCUACACGGCAAACUUUGUCGCCCCGGAGGUCCUGAAGCGACAAGGCUAUGACGCAGCGUGUGACAUCUGGAGUCUGGGGACCCUGCUUUACACCAUGCUGGCAGGAUUUACCCCUUUUGCAAACGGCCCCGAUGACACUCCCGAGGAGAUUUUGGCGAGGAUCGGCAGUGGGAAAUACGCCCUUUCUGGGGGGAACUGGGACUCCGUCUCUGAUGCGGCAAAGGAUGUCGUAUCCAAGAUGCUCCACGUGGACCCUCAUCAGCGCCUGACGGCAGUUCAAGUUCUCAAACACCCAUGGAUCGUGAACAGAGAGUACCUGUCCCAAAACCAGCUCAGCAGACAGGACGCCCACCUGGUGAAGGGGGCUAUGGCCGCCACCUACUUUGCCCUGAACCGAACCCCGCAGGCGCCGCGGCUGGAGCCCGUGCUGUCGUCCAGCCUGGCGCAGCGCAGGGGCAUGAAGAGACUCACGUCCACGCGGCUGUAGGACCCGCAGGCUCUGCAGAGCGUCCUCGGGCUCGCGGGCAGCGGCCUGGGCCCCCGCCACGGGCGCCACGGAAUGACCACCGCCCGGCCACGGGCCCGGGCGCCUCCGCCCAUUCCACGUUCUCUCGCUCCGCCUGGAUGGGAUCCGGCCCCGGGACCUCCCACCGCCUCCGGCCUCCCGCCUCCUCCCCCCCCCCCCCCCAGCAAAGCCAGACCGACUUGUGUCACCGCUCACCGCCCUGCUGAUCGCCCGUAGGGCCCUUCGGACUCUGGAGGUCUUUUCCGAUCGUGGCUUAUAUUGAGGGACGGAGAUUUUUGCCAGUUACAGAGCCAGCGACUUGGCCAGACCCGGACACCGGCGUCCUCGUUACUGGCCCGGGAGGGCGCGCUGGCUGGUUCGCCUGUUGCCGGAAGGAUGGGGUCGGCACGUGGCACCCAAGACUAGGCGCCGGGUCCCCUCCACAUGAUCCAAAGAGCCCUUGUCCCAUCUCCCCCUGGUCUCUGACUGAGGUGUUGGCUGUUCUCUCCCGGGUCGCAGACCCGAAAGCAGGGGGAGCCCGGCCCGGAACCGGCGAGCAGCAUCCUUGCCUCGGAAGCCUCUUUUCACAAGAACAGCACGUCCUUGGGGAGGAGCCAGCUGCAGCCUGUGCCCCCCCCACACACACACCGGCCCGUGUCCUUGUUCCCCCCGCGGCUGGAUGGCUGGCGGCGGCUGCAGGGCCGGGGUCCGCGCUCCCGCCCGGAGGUUCGGAGACAGAGCUCUAGGCCCGACAGCCGGCCACGGCCCUCUGUCAGCCCCCCGUGCUCUCCCAAAGCACCGGUUUCUCUGUCUGCUUUCCUCUCUCUGGCCCACGGGAGACCCCCUCCCCUCCCGGGGCGCCGGCAACCCUGAGCUGGAGGGAGGGAGCCAGAGGGGAGCCCGGAGGCCGGGCCGCCACGCGGGGGCCUGGAGGGGAGCGGAAGGAGGCAUUUCCAGGGCAACCGUGCACUUUGUGGAAGCUGUGCUUAUGUGUUGCAUUUGUGUUUCUGUUCUUCAGUGACGUCGUAUGUCUCCCUUGGGGUGCGUGCGCACAGGAGGGGCGCGGCGUGGAGCGCGGGCUGGGCGCUCCUUGUUCAGGAAGGCCAGGACAGGCUGGACGCCACUGCCCAGGCGGAGGGGGAGCAUGUGCGCCCAGGCCGGCCGUGACUCCCCGCGGCCCUGGCAGGGUGCGGGGCGCCGGUGGUCCUCAGGCAGGUCUCACCGAGAAGGCGUGUUUCCUAGUUCCCUUCCUCCCCAUCUCCGCUAACUACCCAACAAGAGCCACAUGUCGCCUUCUGGGCACGACCCCUUACCUUCUCCAGUUGUUUUCAGACCCUCCCAGGUAAACGUACUACAGCAGCUCCCGCUAUUCCACGAGCCCUCUCCUUCCCUCGGACACCACACGACAUAAAGGGUGGGGACAGGUUCACCCGUCUGUUGCGCACCAAGCCUCACUAGGCAUCUCUCGUGUUUCCCAGGAGAAAAUGCUUUUCCCCAAGGCUAGAAAGACUUGAUCCUCAACCGUUUCGUGUUAGGUCUGGAUUCUUGUUUCGACUGUUAGAAACUUAGGACAAACUGGACAGCCCUUAGGUCACAGGUUCGACCUCCUAGGUACCAGCCGAGGUCAUCACGCCUUCUGUCCGCCGCACGAGGUUUGCUGGCUCACUGGUUUGCUCACCGAAGGCCAAUGCGCGAGGGACGCAGGCCCAAGGGGGGUGGCCCGUGUGUGCUUCCCAGGCUCCCCCGCCCCUGCCUGUCAUCCCCUUCAGGGCCACCGUGCACACAGCCCCACAUCCUCACUCUGAGAGCCGCAGAGGGACCCCGAGACUCACCUCGCCCAAGCCGUGCCCUGAGCGGAGACCCCAGGGCGCCCCCUGCUCACCCCCGUUACUUGAAUGUCCGCCAAAUACCUCUGCUUUCUCAGCUUAUCCAGAACGAGGCGAUACUUGAAACCGUCCGACAGAAAGUCAGCCUGGAGAAGUCACUAUUUUCAGCUUCACGUCAGAGUCUUGAGCGGAACAGCCAGUGGCCGUGCUUUAUAAGCAGCGGUCGUGUGUGAAGGGGGGUAUCAUAUCUAGUUCUCCCUGUGCGGUUCACCCCCGCCCCCGCCCGUCAUGCGUGGCUCCGUGGGCUUCGCACACGUGGUGAGAUCACACAGAACGAAAUAGCUGUGUCCCCCCUCCCGCCCCCAAUAUGUAGAAUCACAGCCCCUCUGGAUCCCAAAACCACAGACUUUGUCACCGGAAAACCUACCCGGCCACUGCGGUCCCUCCGGGGUGCCCACUGUGGUUCCAUCCCACCUGGAGAUCCCCCCCCCCAUUUGACAGAAACACCUGACUCACCACCCCCACCCACCCCCACCACGAGGGCUCUGCCAGAUGCCGCCCCAAGUCCGAUUUGGGCAGGAGUGAGAUCUCACCUGUGUCCUUAGGUCAGAUUGUCCAUGACCUCAGUGUGUGUGUGUGUGUGUGUGUGUGUGUGUGUGCGCACGCGCGUGCACUUGGAGGACUGUCCGGCGUUUGAAGUGACCACAGUGCUUCCUGUUAGCCAGUAUUGUUGAUUAAAUGGUGUUCUUCCUGAAGCCGCACGUUGGGAUUUUUGCCUCACGCUUUUGACUGGGUCUCUCCAGGACACGAGGAACUUGAUUUGCACUCUGUUUUUCUUUCCAAACGGCUCUGUGGCCUUUCGCCUCUCCGAGUCCUUAAAGUUCUAGAACGGAAGAGGACACCGCAGGGGCCCGGGCGGUGCACCCCGCGUGGCCUCGCAGAGCCCGGGGGUCACCUGGGAGACAGGAGCUCAGCACUGCUGCAGGUCGCCUCCGUGGAGCACGCUUCCCACCCAGCCCCCGACUCGGCACUUUGUUUACAAGCCCGCGACCGUGCGUACAGGUCAUUCCCGUGUUCACGCUUUGUAUUUUAUGUUGGAGAUGGGCGGCCACUAUACAGAUAUUUAUUACGCUUUCCAGACUUUCUGAAUAGAUUUUUUUGAAUAAACAUGAGUUUUAUGAAGUGUAA